AUGAAGUUCACGCUGGGCCUGGGGUCGCGGGCCUGGAGAGUGUCCUGGGAGCGGGAGGCGGCGGCGGCGGCGGGCCCGGGGGCGGGCGGCGGCGCGCUCGGCGGCGGCGCACAGCGCGUUUCUAGCCCGCGGCCAGGCCGCCGCGGCUCUCGGCUCGCGCGCGCCCUCGCUCUAUGCCUCUCCCGCGGCGGCGGCGCCCGAGCUCUCCCGGACUGCGCCGGGCCCAGCCCCGGCCGCCCCGGCGCCAGGCAGCUGGCUGGCCCGCGCGCCAUGGAGCAGACGUACGGCGAGGUGAACCAGCUGGGCGGUGUGUUCGUCAACGGCCGCCCCCUGCCCAAUGCCAUCCGUUUGCGCAUCGUGGAGCUGGCGCAGCUGGGCAUCCGACCCUGUGACAUCAGCCGGCAGCUUCGCGUAUCCCACGGCUGCGUGAGCAAGAUCCUGGCGCGCUACAACGAGACAGGCUCCAUCCUGCCCGGGGCCAUUGGGGGCAGCAAACCCCGCGUCACCACCCCCAACGUGGUCAAACACAUCCGGGACUACAAGCAGGGCGACCCUGGCAUUUUUGCCUGGGAGAUCCGCGACCGGCUGCUGGCCGACGGCGUCUGCGACAAGUACAAUGUGCCCUCUGUGAGCUCCAUCAGCCGCAUCCUGCGCAAUAAGAUUGGCAGCCUGGCGCAGCCCGGGCCCUACGAGCCGAGCAAGCAGCCGCCGCCGCAGCCAACGCUGCCCUACAACCAUAUUUACCAGUACCCCUACCCCAGCCCCGUGUCGCCCACGGGUGCCAAGAUGGGCAGCCACCACGGGGUCCCGGGCACAGCAGGUCACGUCAGCAUCCCCCGUUCAUGGCCCUCAGCGCACUCGGUCAGCAACAUCUUGGGCAUCCGGACGUUUAUGGAGCAAACAGGGGCUCUGGCCGGGAGCGAAGGCGCCGCCUACUCCCCCAAGAUGGAAGACUGGGCCGGCGUGAACCGCACGGCCUUCCCCGCCACCUCAGCAGUGAAUGGGCUCGAGAAACCUGCCUUGGAGGCCGACAUUAAAUACACUCAGUCGGCCUCCGGCCUCUCCGCAGUGGGCGGCUUCCUCCCGGCCUGCGCCUACCCGGCCUCCAACCAGCACGGCGUGUACAGUGCGCCGGCCGGCGGCUACCUCGCCCCGGGCGCGCCCUGGCCUCCGGCGCAGGCCUCCCCGCUGGCGCCCCACGGGGCCGGCGUCACCGUGCACGGCGGGGAGCUCGCGGCGGCGAUGACCUUCAAGCAUCCCGGCAGAGAAGUGGCCGACCGGAAGCCGCCCAGCCCUGGUGGCAAGGCCCCGGACGGCCUCAGUAGCUUACACGGACUGCCCAUCCCGGCCUCGACCUCCUAG